AUGAUUUGCCUUUUUGAUUCAUUUUCUAGAGAGGAUUUACUGAAGAAACGGGGUCAGAGACGUCCUUCUGCAACUUAUCCGUCAGUCCCAGUUAAAGACGAUCCCCUGACUAAUGGCCGACUAGGAAAGACCGGGGAGCCCCCCACAAACAGCCCCCCAAACUCUGCACUGCAACUGGGCAAAGAAUUUUCUGCCAAAUUAUUGGUCACCUCUUCCAAUAACUCUGCACCCAGGAGCCCCUCACUCACUUCCAUUACUAAGCAACAGCACAGCUCUGCGGAGGAGGGAGCAGAGAGCACAGCCGACCCCUACAGAGACUUCAGGAUGAAACUCUCCUUAGGGACAGAACAGGAGAAACCUCAAAAGCCAAAGAAGAGAGAAGAUUUAUCUACCUCCAGUAGGAAGUCAUACACGUCGACACGGGAGGACGGCGAGGACGAUCUUUGGCUGGAUGACGUGGAAGAGGAUUUGCUCUCGGUUGAUGCUGCCCGGACGCCAUCUUUUCUUGGGAGAAGUAAAGUGCAUCUGGAAGGAAAACCUAUUGAUUUGCAACAAGCGACAGACAUGAAGAAGCUUCUCUUCGGGUCGGCUCUUUGCUGCUUCAGCCCAGAAUGGAAAAGUCAGAGCUUCACAUUCAGUAACACCAAGAAGCUGAAGUACGGCAUCGUACAGAAAAAGGGCGGUCCCUGCGGGGUCCUGGCUGCGGUCCAGGCUUGUGUGCUGAAGCAUCUCCUCUUCGGGAUGGAGUCCGACACCAGUCGCCCUCUGCAGCCGUCAGACACUGACCGGACAAGCUGCCUGUGUAAAGCCCUCGCUGACGUCUUGUGGCGCGCCGGAAACGGCAAUGAAGCCGUGGUCACACUGUCGUCUGGAAGGCAGCAGUUCAGUCCAGCUGGAAGGUAUAAAGCCGAUGGGAUCCUAGAAAGUCUCAUCCUGUACAGCUUCACAACAUACGAGGAUCUGGUGACCUUCCUGCAGCAGAACAUUAGUCAGUUUGAGCUCGGUCCCUUAGGGUGCAUCCUCCUUACCGUAUCUGUCGUCUUCUCCAGAACGCUUGAACUGGUUCAGAAGGAUUUUGACGUCCCAACGAACUGUCUUAUUGGUGCCCACGCCUACUGUACCCAGGAACUGGUGAAUCUCAUACUGGGCGGCAGAGCCGUGUCUAACGUUUUCAAUGACGUGAUGGAGCUGGACUCCGGGAAUGGGAACAUAACGGUUCUGAAAGGGAUCUCCUGCCGCAGCGACAUCGGAUUCCUGUCCCUGUUUGAACAUUACAACGUGUGUCAAGUCGGCUCCUAUCUGAAGACCCCGAAGUAUCCGAUCUGGGUGGUCUGCAGCGAAAGUCACUUCAGCGUCCUGUUUUGCUUGAAAAAAGAGCUGAUGAGCGACUGGAAAGCUGAACGCAGAUUUGACCUUUACUAUUACGAUGGGCUGGCCAACCAGCAGGAGGAGAUCCGCCUCACUGUGGACACAUCUGGUACCUUCGUAGAAGAUGAAGACAACGAUCUUGUUCCGCCCCUUGAAUUUUGUAUCAGGACCAAGUGGAAAGGGGCGGUGGUGGACUGGAACGGUACGGACCCCAUCCUAUAACCCCCAUCUGGUAUCCAGGGAACGAUCGGCCAUUGCACCGCAGCCCUGAGGACGGUCACCUCAGAUGAUUCCCAGUGCCAGGCAGACGCUCACAUGGCAUUUCCUCAGGAGACGCUGACGCGCUUGGCAAUUGUUUUUUUUUUUUUUUCAUGUAAAAGAUCCUAUUGUACGAGGCCAGCAGUAAAGAAGUCUGUGGAGCCAUAAAACACACACUCAUCCCAUAAUAGAGGUUAUUCAGAGGAUGCCACCAUCUAUAGGACACCGCGAUAAAAAAAAAAAGGUCGGCAUUUUACAGGAUAUUAGAAGAAUGUUCGCGGAUGUAGCAGAGCUGACGUUAACUCCUUUGGACUUCUUUGUUUAUGCAUCUUGAGGACAUAAAAUUUAUAUAUAUCCGAAUCUGCAGUCCUAUGUAAAAACAAAGAUUAGGAUAUGGCUACUGCAGGUCGUGCGACAUGACCCCCCAGAGCUCUGCUGCAUCUGCUUUAGUGUUUGUUACUCCUUGGAUUGUAGUUGUGGCUUGGAAGUGUUACCGUAAGUGUCUAUAAAAAUCUGAUUAUCCUCAGGAAAUAUUUAGCACAUUAAAGGAGUACUCCAUAAUAGAAAAAUUGUCCUCCAUACUGCCGGCAGUAAAAAAAAUAGAGAUACAUACC